AUGUUGCUGAAAUCACUCGCCGCCGCCGGCCUGGCGAUUACGGCCACGCAAGCCUUCGUCAUCGUUCCCGAAAUUUCCGACGCCGAUACCGAUAUCGUCAACUCCCUUCCCUUUGAGCAGCCGUCCUCUGAAAUGGGCCUCGCGAGCCACCGCGUCAAGGUUGACUGUCCCGGAUGUCCUUUGACCAUGCGGCACCAUGACGGCCGCUCUCACACAAUGGCCAACAUCGACAACCACCUCGAGCUGACCUUCUCCAUCGACACCGACACUUCCGGCGUCGACCACCUCCUCGUCAACGACUUUGAACUCUACCCUAAGCCCGCCUCGUGGUACAAGGCCCUCCGCGCCCCUCAGAUCCCCGACUUCACCGAGGCCGCCAUGAAGCACCCUCGCAUCGCCGACCCGAACACUCCCCAGCUGGGCUACAGCCUAGGUGUUCGCCCCGUUGCCAAGGACGCCGAGCAGCAGCUUGAGCUCGUCGAGAUUGACCUCCAGAUCAUCGAGGUCGGAAACAGCUUCGUCAGCGAUGUCCCCAACGUCAAUGUCAAGCUCAUUAAGUCCCCCACCGGCAACCUCAUGAUCGCCAACGUCGAGCAGACCGAAACCUCGGUCCCAUCCCACCGUGAGGAGGAGCACGUCGAGGCGCCCGCCGAGGACUGCACCACCUUCUACUGUAGAUGGCGUGCCGCCAUCCUGAACAAGGUGCACCGUAUGAAGCACUGCGGAGGCCGCAAGAACCGUGGGGGCAUGCGCGGUCAACAUCGUCAUGGCCACCACAACGGCCAGAUUAGACACCACCACCACACCUGGGGUCAGCUGGCCAAGAACAUUGCAUCCCAUAUCCUGCUCCCCGUUCUCAUCGGCAUCGUUGCUGGCGUCAGUGUUAGCAUCAUUGGCAUGAUGGUCGGCACCUUUGUCGUCUGCCUCUGGCGCGUCUUCGUCCGCCGCCAGCCCCCAUUCUCCCGCCGUCACUGCCGUCGCCGUGCACGCAAGUCUGCUCAUCGCGAGUCUGGUGCCGUAGAGGAGAAGUCUGAGCUCAUGGCCGAGACAGAGUCCCUGCCCCCUUACAAGGACGACGAGGAGGAGACUCCCAAGACCGAGACCGCUCAGGUCUAG